AUGGCGGGGGACGGGGAGCUCAACCGCGUCAUCAAGGACCUGCAGACCGGGAGCUGCACAGCCUCUGUGCCCAGCUGGAGUUCCUCCUCCAGUUCGACCUCAAGGAGAAGAGGAGCUUCUUCGGGCAGCGCAAGGACUAUUGGGACUUCUUGUGCCAGGGCCUGGCACGGCGCCGGCAGGAGCACGAGGGCGUUCGCUUCGUCACCUCCCUGGACAAGGGGCCGAGCCUUCCUGCGGUACUGCCUGGUGCACCGGCAGCUGGCAGAGUCCCUGCAGCUCUGCCGCCUCGACCCCGAGAGCCUGCGAGAGUGGUACUAUGCCCGCAGCCCCUUCCUGAGCCCCCAGCGCCGGGCAGAGAUACUGGGCAGCCUCUACGAACUGGAUGGCGUCACCUUCCACCUGGCCCUGCGCAGGGCUGACCUGGACAUCGCCUGGCCCAUGUUCUCUGAGACACUGAUACGGCCCAGCCCAAUGGCUGGGAGCAGCCCAGCAAAGAUGGCCCUGCAGACAGAUGAUACUGGCACCGGGACGCAUGGAUGGCCUGAUGUAAUCACCCGUCCCACUGCGGCACGCCAUGGGGUGCCAGCCCACCCGUGCCCACCUGCCUUGGCUGCCCCGCAGGCAGGGGGUGUAGAGGUAGAGGAGGAAGGUGUGGAGCUGAAGAAGAACGUGGAAGAGGAGGAUGAAGAGGAGAUAGAGGACAAUGAGGAGGAGGAGGAGAAGGCAGAGGAUGUGGAGGUAGAUGUGGAGGAGGAUGUGGAGGCGGAGGACAUGGAAGAGGAGGAUGAAGAGGAGUUGGAGGAAGAUGAGAAGGAGAUGGAGGAUGUGGAUGUGGAGGAGCUGGAGGAUGCUCACGGCGCUGGCAAAGCACCCCAGCCUGAUGGUGGCGAGGAGCCUGGCAUGUCCCCGCUGCCCAGCACAGGGUGCAUGCCAGGCUGCUCACCGCCGGCACCCAGGCAGCUGGGCGAGACGGAGGCAUCCCUGCAGACCCGCCAGCAGCUCCAGAUCCAGCAGCAGGAGGUGGCACGGCUGCAGGAGCAGCUCAGCAGAGGGAGAAGGGCCCUGUGGCAGAAGACAGAGGGCAUCGACACCCCAAUGCCCAGCCCGGCGCCCCGCGAUGCCGGGCUCUGUGCCCGCUGCCAGAAGGAUUUUCGCCUCCUCUCCCGGCGGUAUAACUGCAGGUGGGCUCAGGGUGGCACUGUUCUUACCACCCGCUCUCUUGCCAGGGUGUGCCUGGGCAAGGUGUGCCACGCGUGCUCUGUGGACGUGGGCAAGCAGGGGCGCUGCUGCCUGCUUUGCUACCAGCAAAGGCACCCACACGCUACGUGA